CCGGUGAGCCGCUUCGUCAUGGCGGCCAGAAAGCCUCGCUCGGUGGCCAACCCUUUGGAGUCCGCUAUCACUUCACCUAGCGAGAGGAUACUCAAAGAAUGCCACAGUUUGUAUGUCGACAGCGAAAACGGCCUGGUCAAGAUUGCCAGCAGUUUAGGCGUGCGUCUGCUGCCCCCCAGGAAGAAAAUUAUCGUGAUGAUCAUGGGGAACCACUCCGCAGGAAAGAGCUCCUUCAUCAAUUGGUACGUCGAAGAGCACAUCCAAAAAACGGGUGUCGCCAUCGAGACGCAGGGCUUCACAUUCAUCACGAGCGGGCGGAAAAGAGAAUCGUUGACGGGGAAUGCAACGUUACAUCUCUAUCCCCAUUUUCGACCGCUCCUUGAGUUCAGAGGCGUUAUGGACUACCUGUCGGCGGAGAUCUCCACCUCCAAGCAGAAGAAGUUCAGCCUCGUGACGUUUGUGGACACACCCGGCUUGGUGGACGGGGACAUGGUUUACCCUUUUAACGUCAACAGCGCCAUCACAUGGAUGGGAGAACAGUCCGAUCUCAUAUUUGUCUUCUUCGACCCGAUGGGUCAGGCGCUGUGCAAGCGCACACUCAACAUUGUGGAGAGACUGAGUGAGAAAUGCGGGGACAAGCUUUUGUUCUACCUCAGCAAGGCCGAUGAAGCUGGAAAGGAAACCGAUCGGCAGAGAGUGAUGAUGCAGAUCGUCCAGGAAUUGUGCCGCCGCCCGGGUCUCAACAAAUGUGGUUUUGAAAUGCCCACGAUAUACAUCCCGAACCCACAGAAGCCAAGCCGCUGCGUGAACCAGAUCGACGGAGUGUGUCGGACCAUCGAAAAGACCAUCGGCCAGGCCGUGCAGAGGACUUUAGACCAGUUGGAGAAAGACUGCGAUUUAAUUUGCGCCACCAUCAGCAAGAGACUGCAACAGGACAGGUCCGAUGCCACUUCCAGCCAAAAUGCCCGUCUGAACUCGUUCGCGUGCGGCGCUCUGGGAGUCUUCCUCCCUCUCUUCUUCGUCCUCAGUUUCGUAGUGAGCGCCUUCUCGAAAGAGCAGCUGAGUGAGCUGGUGGGGGAGGGGCCUGCACAAACGCUGACCAUCUGCACUGGACUCGUCAUGUACGUGUGGGAUUGGAUACCGGAAGACGGACAAGUUGUUUUUAUCAUAUUUUUUGGAGCCUUUUGCUACUUCUUACUUUUCCUAGCCAAACAUUUUUCCGGUCAAACAAACAAAACUUUGACCAAGAAGGAGAAGAGGGCCAUGAAAGAGUUCAGUGAUUAUAUCCUGGAUAUCGUCAAAACCAAGAAGGGUAAAUUGUAUGACUGGUACCUCCAGCAGUGUGCCGCAGAGUACGACCUCUGACCCCCCGGGUUCGACGAUUGUACUUCAUAUAUGUACGUACGUCGGGACAGCGUUGAAAGUUCAGAUGUUCGGACAAAAGAUAGUCUGUAAUCUACGAUGAAACACUGGGAAGUUUGUGAAGAUACUGACAAUCGUUCACCAAAUAAUGCAGCUAAGAGUGAUGAUUAUUGUUUUCUAGCUAUUAGAAAGUGCCUUUGUUCACUAUAGCCAAGAGACUGUGAUUGUAGUCAUUUAUUUCUUUUAUUUCAUAAAUAUAGCUGGUUCGCAAAUUUAAUUCUUAACUUAUUACCGACUGCAAAAAAACAACGAAAUCUGUGUUCUUAAACCUGACUGCACCGUCCCCAUAUUUUGUCUCUGGAAGAUGCCACAAUGUGCUAUUUUAACACGUGUUUGUUUUUUUUUAAACCUUUAUACGUAUAUUUAAAAACAAACAACAAAGCAAAGCAACGCCACCGUAGUUGGUUUUACCUCGAUGAUUGUAUACAAUACAGUGCAGUGAAUAAUAAUACGCAGUUUUCAUUGACACUCGGAGACUGGUUAAAAAUGUUUUUGUGUGAUUGUAGAUUGCAGUGAUGCAUUUUCCUGAAACCUGUUUCAUGAAAAAUUAUUUUCGUUACUUUGUUGAGGUCCGUGACGUGACAAUACAUUAGGAACAGCUCUCAGUGCGAUGCAGUGUUGUUCUAUACACAACUGCUACAUUUUUAAAUUAGUACUUCCGUAUAUUCUCAUAAUAUAAAGGGUUGAUUUUUUUGUCAUAUACCUGACAGGUAACCCGUUUUUUUUUUUUUUUUUUUUUUUUUAAAUCGAGGCCUGUAUUUGUAUACAUUUUUUGGCCAUAUUUUAUUACAUGUAUUUUAAUAUUUUCCACAGAUAAAGAUGCUUGCUUAAAAUAUAUGUAUUUUAAUAUAAUGUAAAAUGUACUGUACAGUCCCGUUUAUUAUGCAGCGUGUUGAAAAGCACAACAAUUCGUGUUCUGGAUUUUGUUACGUUGUGCUGGUGUCCAAAUGAGUUCAAAAAAAAAUAUUUGUAACAUGUCAGACGCACACGUGAACUUUGUCACAUCUGAAAAUUCAUGAAAUGUUUCCAACUGACCUUUUUAUUUUUUGUGUUUUGCUGAUUAGCGAGUAUUUGUGUGGCAUUGCAUAAGCAGCACGUGGAACAAUGAAAGAUUCAGCUUAUUCAUUCAUUUCAUUUAUUUCAACAUUAUAAAAAUCCCACCCUUGCUCCUUUUGUCGGAGGAACAAUAUACAUAUAUUUUUUUGAACAUUGUUUUACCCUGAAGCACUGUACAUCACCGCUUUCUCUAAUUUAUGCCGACAGAACCACUAAAUAUAUAUAUAUAUAUAUAUGUGCAAGAAAUUUCUUUCUUGAAGAAGUACAGGGUAUCCAUGGAGGCCACAAAUCUCAGUUCCCUGAGUUAGUAAUAAAAAAUCCCGACGGAUGAGACCGCAAUUAGCAAUUAGCAUCAUCAUAAUCAUCACUCUGUAUUGUGUUUGACAAUACAGUACUUAAAUCGAGCAUACAAGCAUGAAUAUGGAAUCAAAGGGAUCAAACUUUUUGUGCUAUCUAGUAAGGCAGCCAAUAGCAAGAGGUAAAUUUUCAUCUUUUGUUUCGUUCAAAUCAGUCACGAGCCACGGUAACAUUUGCACAACCAGCUCAGAUCGGCACCGCUAUUCGAUCCAGCAAUUGGAUCUCAGUGGAGUACGCAGAAAACUUGAAAUUUUAUCAUGCGCCAUUAUUACAUUGGUGGGGAAAAAAAGGCAUCCCAAAUAGUAGUUCUAUUUAGUUACAGUGCAUUUGGGAAUGUAGCUACAGUGAAGAAACUAAGUAUUUGAACACCCUGCUAUAUUGCAAGUUCUCCCAUAUGGAAAUCACGGAGGGGUCUGAAAUGUCCACUGUGAGAGAGAUCUAAAAAGAAAAAUCCAGAAAUCACAAUGCAGGAUUUUUUGUAACGAUUUAUUUGUGUGAUACAGCUGCAAAUAAGUACUUGAACACCUGUCCAUCAGCUAGAAUUCUGACCCUCAAAGACCUGUUAGUCCACCUUUUAAAGUCCACCUCCACUCCAUGUAUGAUCCUGAAUCAGAUGCACCUGUGUGAGGUUGUUAGCUGCAUGGAGACACUUGUCCACCCCAUACAAUCAGUAAGACUCAAACUUGUAACGUGGCCAAGACCAGAGAGCAGCUCCAAAGACGCCAGAGACAAAAUUGCACAACUCCACACGGCUGGAAAGGGCUACGGAGAAAUUGCCAAAAAGGUCCACUUGUUGGAGCAAUCAUUAGAAAAUGGAAGAAGCGAAACAUGACGAUCAAUCUCAAAUCGGAGUGGAGCCCCGAGCCAGAUAUCACCUCGUGGGGUCUGAAUGAUCCUUAGAAAGCUGAGGAACCGGCCCAGGACUACACGACAGGACUUGGCCAAUGACCUGAAAAAAAGAGCUGGGUCCACCGUUUCCGAGGUGACUGUUGGUAAUACACUAAGACGUCAUGGUUUGAAAUCACGCACGGCACGGAAGGUUCCCCUGCUUAAACCAGCACGGGUCAAGGCCCGUCGAGUCAGGGGAGAAGGUUUUGUGGUCAGAUGAGACCAAAUUUGAACUUUUUGGUGAUAAUUCCACUAACCGUUUUUGGAGGAAGACGAAUGAUGAGCUCCAUCCCAAGAACACCAUCCCUACUGUGAAGCAUGGGGGUGGUAGGGUCAUGCUUUGGGGGUGUUUUCUGCACAUGGGACAGGACGACCGCAGGAGAGGAUGACCGCGGCCAAGUAUUGUGUGAUUUUGGGGAACAACCUCUUUCCCUCAGUCAGAGCAUUGAAGAUGGGUCGCGGCUGGGUCUUUUAAAAUGACAAUGACCCGAACCCGAAGAAGGAGUGGCUCCGUAAGAAGCGUAUCAGGGUUCUGGCCCGGCCUAGCCAGUCUCCAGAGCUAAACCCAAGAGAAAAUCGUUGGAGGGAGCAACAGCCCAGAAAUCUGUCUGAUCUAGAGAAGAUCUGUGUGGAGGAGUGGUCCAAAAUCCCCCCUGC